UAACUUUUCAGUGCAGGUUCCGCUGCAUGUGCUGACACCAAGGUGCUCGGAGGACCCAACACUGAGAACUGUUUUUAUAAUUAACAUUAUCGUGGACUGUUGUUGCUCUCGUGGAAAGGCUACUCUCUCUCUCUCUCUCCCUCUCUCUCUGUUUUUCUCUUCCCGGCUUUCUCAAUAUCAUCGAUAAACUCAGUGCUUCGCGUCUAUUCAAGACCGAUCCUUGUUAGAUAUUCGCUUCAUCAAACUGCGGCUUUGGCAACUGAGCAUUUAAUCAGUCUUCUGGCAGAUUAUUUGGAGAGACGAAAAGCAAAAAAAAAUGGUCAUGGAGGCAUCCCCCUCGCCGCAAAGUGUCGGUCGUGAGUUUGUCCGACAAUAUUAUACUUUGCUUAAUCAAGCUCCAGCACAUCUUCAUAGGUUCUACAAUCAACAUUCUUCUUUUGUACAUGGAGGGUUAGAUUCUAAUAGAGAAUCGACCCCUGCUAUCGGUCAAAAACAGAUACAUCAAAAAAUUCAACAAUUGAACUUUCGUGAUUGCCAUGCGAAGAUAAGCCAAGUUGAUUCACAACUGACUCUUGAAAAUGGAGUUGUUGUGCAGGUAUCCGGCGAACUAUCCAAUGCUGGACAACCGAUGCGCCGAUUCACUCAGACUUUUGUAUUGGCCAUUCAAGCACCAAAAAAGUAUUACGUACACAAUGACAUUUUCCGUUAUCAGGAUUUGAUCUUUCCCGAUGAAGAAGAAACGGAUGUGAGUGGAAUGGAAGGAGGUAUGAACGAGACCACUGAAAGGGACGCGGAAGAAGGAGGUCCAUCUGAACCAGACGAAGACGAACAUCAAACUCAAGGACAGCCGCUUACAGGGUCUGCACCAGCUGCCGAACCACAAAGUCAACCUACUAUCAUUCCUACUCAACAACCACAACUUCAACAACAACAGAUUUAUUACGCACAACCACCGCAGCCACUGGUGCAUCCUGUGAUGCAACAAGUGCUGAACGGAUCUGUUCACGAAGAAACCACUUUGAUAAAUCAACAACAGCCUCAGCCUCAACAGCAACAACAGCAACAGCCUCCACCGCCACCUCCUGUACAACAGCAACAACAACAUCAAUACGUUGCCGAAACAGCAGCACAAACUCAAUUCGUUCAAGAAGCAGAAACAGAUACUGCGGCGGAACAGCAAACGUCGGCGGAGGAAGAACCGCAAGUACAGUCGGAAGAAACUCAAGAACAAACAGACACUGAAACAUUUCCACCAUCUGCACAAGAAUCUGAACCUGAGCAUCAAGUGUCUAACACGAAUGUUAGCAGUAGCGGGCCUAAAACUUACGCUAAUUUGGUAAAAUCUUUUCCAAGUUCCACCGCUACUCCUAGCCCUCAAGUUCCGAAGAUAUCUAUGUCCCCUCCACCAAUGACGAAUUUAAGGUUAGACGAUAGAUCACCGUUACAUCCUACAGGUAGCGGAGCUACGUUAUCAGGAAUGAAUGUGGCCACGUCUCAACCACAAACACAUAGAACAAAUAGUAAUCAACAACCUCAACAACAACCUCAACAUCAACAGCAAAGAGCUUCGAGAGGUGGUCUUGUACAACGAGAUGGAGAAAGACGUGGAGGAGCAAGACCAUGUCAGUACAGUGACGCUCAUCAACUAUUCCUUGGAAAUUUGCCACACAAUGCGUCAGAGCAUGAUUUACGUCAAUUAUUUGAACGGUAUGGCAGAGUGGCGGAUUUACGUGUACACAGUAAAUCUAGUGACAGAUGCAAAGGUCCAUUGGGUAGUAACAACGCGACGAAAGUACCAAAUUAUGGAUUCAUUACAUUUGAGGAUCAAUUAGUUGUUACGAAAGUAUUAAACUCUUUGCCUAUAUUUUAUCCGGAUGAGCAUGGACAAAAAUUGAACGUGGAAGAAAAGAAAACUAAGCCUAGGAUGUCAAUGGAUGGUAGUGGAGGAAGGUUGAAUUCUGGUGACGGUAAUAUGCGACCGAUGGGAGGACAACAGCAGCAGCAACAACAACAGCAACGUGGACCAGGUGGACCAGGAGGAGUGAUGAGGGGUGGUCAACAUGGAGCAAGAGGAGGUCGCGGAGGCUUUUCAAGAGGAGGAGAUGGUGGUAGGGGAGGUGGUGGAAUGAGACAACCUGGUAAUCCAAGUAACGCCAGUUAUCAAAAUCGUCGCUAAUAUAGAAGUGACGGUUAAAAAGUCAUCUCCCAUUCCCUUCUUUAUUGAAUAUAAGUCUCACCGGUACAUUAUACCAUCCUCUCAUUCCCAAAACACACACAGAACCCAGGACUAGUUCGUACGCUACUCGACAUCGAUAAAGAUGUCGCCCUUGUACGCUUAUAUCUGCUUGCAACGUUCGUCAAGCAGUUAAACUAUUAAACCAGAUGUCGGCUCAAUCAGUACGAAAUAUAAACUCGAACUCGUGAUGAGAGAUACACGAUAUUAUGAUAUGGCUUAUACGCGAUCUCACUAAGCCAAUAUAAUAUUUUCUUUAUCUAAUGUCAAGAUUUAAAAAGAGAAUAAUUGCUUUUAUUCUUCUUUUCAUGGUCACCCAAGUCGAUGUAAUCGAUUCGAGUUUGUUCUUCACACGUUAGCCGACCAGGAAUUUUAAAGACUUUACAAUGAAAACUUAAUAAACGAAAUAAUAUUAACAAAAAUAAAAAAGAAACACACACACACACACACAUGUUACAUGUACGUGUAUAACGGAGUGACACGUGACCAUCUGUCUAUAAAUCCUGGACAACAUCUUUCAACAAUAACAAUUAUUACUACUACUACUACUACUACUACUACCACCACCACCACCAUCAUCACCACCACCACCACUACUACUACUGCUACUAUUACUACUCUUACUACUACUAUUACUACUUCUACUACUACUACUUCUACUACUACUACUACUACUACUACUACUACUACAGCAGCAGCAGCAACAAUAACAACGUACACAGGGUACGAUGUUUCUUUUUAAACAUCAAUGUCAGACAAAAAGCAAGAUCAUUUUGAAAAAAAAAGAAAGAAAAGAAGAUGUACAUUGUUUUGGAAUUAUCAUUAGGUGUAUUAAUUAUAAGGAGAGAGUUAUAAUAUAGUGUGACGUGGAUCUAAUUUGUUUUUUUAUUUUCUUUUAUUUUCAUAUUAUUCUUUCUCUCUCUCUCUCGCUCUCUUUCUCUCUCUCUCUCUCUCUCUCUCUCUUAAAAACACGUCACACAUACAUAACUCUCUUUCUCUUAAUUAUCUUCACCUUUCCACGAGCCAAAUUAAUCCUGCGAUCUAAGUGAGAAAUAGAGAGAGGGAGAGAAAAAAAAGAAAAAAGUAAUUAUUAAAUAACAUAGCGGGUACUCUCGCAAUAUUAUUAUUAUUAAUUCGUUAACUGCCGAUAAUAAGAUACCUGUUCCACCCUUUUAAGCGCAAAAAAUAUCAAUGACGAGAUUUGUUUAUAGAUUAUCGAUUUGGUCGAACUGUUGUUAAUAACGAGUAGGGAACUGCGACUGUUCUGUGGUCGUAUAAAAAAAAAAAAAAACAAAAGACAUUGUCAAAUUUCCUUUUUCUAUAAUUAUCAACAAGUAUUUAUAAAACACACACGUAUAUAUACAUACAUACAUACAUAUAACAUUAUAUACAUGAUCAAUCGACCGGUAUCGAUUGAUGAUGACGAUGAUGAUGAUGAUGAUAAUACAUAAAAUAUUUCCUAAACUGCAGCUGGUCUCGCCAUUUCUCUCGCCAUUCAUCUUCUCACGCAAUAGAAAAUUUUUUUUUUCUGUUUUCUUUAACUUCCUCCUUAUUUUUUGUGUAAAACACACCGUGUAUCCUUAAUCAUUGUUCUUAAAUAUAUAUAUAUAUUUUUUCUUUUUUUUUCUUUGGUCUUUCUUUUCUGUCUUGUUCUCCUUUUACACAUCUUACCUAUUAUUUAUGUGGAAAAAAUUAACGUAGUAGAGUUAACAAAAAUUGUACCUGUACUUCCAAAUCAUAUUUACCUUUGCGGAUCAUAUCCCGUAUCAGUUGUUUCGAAUGAAUGAAUGAAUGUAUUAAAAAUUAAUUGUCAUUGUCAUUGUUGAGAAAAAUCAAUAUAUAUGGUUGUCUCUGGUGAUCGCAGAACUCGCAGUGCGCUGCUUCAAAUAAUAAUAUUAAUAAUUAAAAAAAAAAAGAAACAAAAUUAUAUAAAGAAAAUAAAAAACCAAUACGUACACACAGCAGACACACACACACACACACACACGCUAUAGUAAUAUAAGUAUUAUAGAACGGAGUAAGAGAAGAGAAUAAAAAAAAAUCAAGUGCAUGUCUUCGAAAUGCGUUCUCUCUUCUACGUGUCGAUUUUAAAAUUCGCACGAUUAUUGCGAGUCAUCGACGAAGAUCGACACGUAGAAAAAUUAAUAAUAAUAAUAAUAAUAAUAAUAAUAAUAAUAAUUAAUAAUAAUAAUUAAUAAUAAUAAUAAUAAUAAUAAUAAUAAUAAUAAUAAUAAUAAUGAAAUAAGAAAAAACCAAUCACAAGAAUUCGAUGCUAAUUGUUUUCUUCCUUGAUACACUACUAUUAUUAUAUAUUCUCUAAAGUUAUUAAUUAUUAUUGUAACUGUUAACAAAAAAUAGAGACAGGUGGACAAAGAAAUAAGACUUUUGAUAUUCGAUCAGAAUGAAUUUUUGCUGUUUGAAUGAUCUGAUAUAUCCUAGUAGUAUCUAUAUAUCUAUAUGUAUGUACAUAUAUAUGGUUAUGUGUAUGUAUAUAUAUAUAUUAUAAUAGAAAGAGAGAGAGACAGUAGCCGACAGUUUUCCUCUUUUUUCCUGUUUUAUUCCCUCGAUAAUAAAUAUUUCUAUAAAUAUUAAAAAAAAUUAAAUAAAUAAAAAUAAACAAAAAAAAUCUUAGAUUUAAAUAACAAAUAAAAUAUAUGAAUAUAAAGAAGGAAAUAUUAGUUAGUCGACAUGGUAGUCGACAAGAAGAUAUUGGCAAGUAGAUUUUCAGAGCUGCGAUAUUACAUUUGUUGCCAGCUAAAAUCUAUACAAAUUUGGUUAAAACCAAAUAAGAAAAAAGAAAAACGAUGUAAGCAGUUUCGUCUUUUUAUACUUAAUUGAUUCAUCUAAAUCGAUACACGUAUAUUAAUAAAAAUUUCGCUAAUCAAUAUAUAUACAUCGAGAAAGAGAGAGAGAGAGACAGCGAAAUUAAGAUGCGUGAAAAUUUUCGGCCACACAGAGUCCUGCGAUUAUUAGAAAGAAAGAAAGAAAGAGAGCAACGUAUUUUUCUGGCCUACCAGUCUUUCCUCGAAAGAUCGAUCGAUUCGUCUAUAUCUUUUUUAUUUUCUUUUUUUUUUGCAAAAUAAUUUACCGUUUGUAUAAUCUAAGAUAAACGAAUUCUCAAAGUUUUGUUUGUAAGAGUGAAACGAGAAAAGAAAAAAUAAAAGUAUAAAUCUUUUUUCCAAAAGAUAAAGGUUUUGCGGCAAGUUAAUUAUUUAAAAUUCAGAAAUUUGAAUGUUUUAGGCACGGAGUUACAUAAAUAAAUAAAUAAUUAAUUACUUAAAGUAAGAUUAAUAACAUAAUAUAAAAAAAAAUCAUAAUUAUGUGGAAAAAUGAACGUAAUUCAAUCGAAUCACAUAUUGAUUCGAUAAUCUUUGUCAAAAAUUCAAGAUCACAUACACACGAUCACGUCAUAGUUUCUUAUCGAUUAAUAAUUUAAUAAUAAUAAUAAUAGUAAUAAUAAUAAUAAUAAUAAUAACAAGAAUAAUAAUAAUGAUAAUGAUGAUAAUAAUAUAUUGAUUAAUCAUUUAAUCAAUCAAUUAAUUAAUUAAAAACAUUAUUUGACCGUAAAUGCGAAAAUUCAAAAAAUAGAAAUUCUUAUAUCAUUAUUUUCGUAUAGAACUCAUCCUUAGGGAGAGAAUUAUUCGAUAUAUUUUUUUCCAUAUAAAAAACAUUUUUCUUGAUAUUAAUGUUCGUUCUCUCUCCAAUAUUUUUUUAACUAUUAUCUAUUUUUCCUCGUUUUCAUUCUCCAUAUAUCUCCAAUAUACAUCCAUAACGAUACUUCUCGUAGCACAUUAAAGUGCCACUAUCGUUCUUCGUGAUUAAAGCUUAAGGAAAUAGAGGAAGAGAUAAAAAGAAAGAAAAGAGAGUUAAUUAGAGAAAAAAAAUAUCACGAUGAUACUGCCGUAUCUUAAUCGUGGAUAAAGAAAUAGUUUCGCGUUGCUCUGAGGCUAUAUAUAUCAUACAUAUAUAUUUUUAAUAAUUAGUAUUUGAUAUUGUCUAAGCUUCUCGAAAUUAUGAUUUCGCAUUAGAAGACAACCAGCUUUCUAACAUUGCCUGUAUAAGAAAAUUUGAUAUUAGCUUUUCUUAUUUUGUACAAAAUAGAAAGAGAAAAAGUGUAGAAAAAGAGAAAAAUUUGCGUGUAUAAUUAACAACAAAUGUAUAUCGAUUUUUCUGCCAGAUUUUUUGUACGGUGCUGUAUCAGCUGAUUGUCAAAUUGAAGAGAAGUAAAUCAUUUGACAGGAUAGAAUAAUCGAAUUUAUGAUCUAGUACGACUAACAAAGAGAAAGAAAGAUAUAUAUAUAUAUACACAUAUGUGUCGCUGUGUGUGUGUGUGUGUGUUUAUGUUUGUACUUAGAAAGAGAGAGAGAGACUAGGAUGCAAUUUGUUAAGCAUAAUUGCAGUUAUUUUUUGCUGAGCAUAAUACACCGUCGCUUAUACAAUUAUUAUUUCUUUUUAUUUUCAAUGAAUGUAUAUGUAUAUAUGUAUGUGGGGGUUUAUGUAGUACAUAUAUAGAGUAUAAAAUGACAGUCGAAGACGUAUACUAUCAAAAAAUCCACAGUCAUGCGGAUUAUUUCUUUAAGUAAGAACAAAAAUUCUGCAGAACUUUGAAACGUUCAAUUUUUUUGCUUUCUAUAAGAGAGAGAGAGAUAGAGAGAAAGAGAAAGGAUCAUUAUUAUAAUUAGUAUAAAAUGUUUAAGGUCAAAAUAAUUAAAAAAAUAAAUAAAAUAAAUAAAAAAAAGAAGAAUGCAAGCAGACGCGUUUGGGCACAAACACAUACACACAUACACACAGACACGAGAAUAACGAUUAGAUUAUAAAGUAUAUAAGUUGACGAACUUUUCUAGCAGAAAUAUUAAUUUGUCUUUUACUGGGCCAGAGUUUUGUGUGCAUGUAUAUGUAAAAUUGUCAACGAUAACAUUAUUACGUCAAACCAAAAAAAGGAGACAAACAAUGAAAAACAAAGAGAGAGAGAGAGAGAGAGAGAGAAAGAGAAAGAGAAAGAGAUAAUGUAGAAAGAAGUAAAUGUGGAGAAGAAAAAAAAACAUCAAAUGUAUUGUAACUUUUUGCAUUUAGUAUAUAAUAUACCUACCUUACUACCAA